AUGCGUCUUUCUUUUGAACGUACGCGGGCCAUCCAAAUAAGGAGUGCGUCCCAGUCCGUCGUGUGCCUACUUUUAGACUUCAACCAUCUCAUUCUCGCUGGCGACGGCCGCUUCACUCGCCCUCUCCCUCAUUUUCCUCAUCGGAUUAUACACUCUUUCAUCGCGCCGAAGUACGAGUUUCUGAACAGCAACUUCAGGCGCACGGGCGAGAAGCUCUUCAAAUUUCGCGUCUUGCAGCAUACGGUUGUGGCUCUGUCAGGCGAGGAGGCCCGCAAGGUGUUCUUUAAUGAUAAGCGACUUAACUUCAACGAAGGAUAUCGCCUCUUCCUCGGCGGGGCGCCUCAAUUGUCGGACAUCAACAUGCUCGAUGCCGACGACGCUGCGAUCAAGUUUUUCUAUAAGUAUUUCCAGCUCGUUCUCACAAAGGAGAGGAUCAUGAACGUGCUUCCGUUCCUCCUUGACGGCAUGCAUAAACGGAUGCAAAUUUGGGGAAGCAAGGGCCGAAUCAACCCCUUCAAGGAAAUCUACGAUCUUGUCUUUUGGAUGACGAUCCGCAUGGCGUCGUGUAGCGAGCUUGCGGACGACACCGAGGCUUCGGCGCGCUUCGAGGAAAACUUUUGGACGCUUGAACAGAGCUCGACACCGGUAGCGCUGCUCCUGCCGUGGUUCCCGAGCCGGGCUAAGCGGAACCGGGAGCGUGCGACACGAGAGUUGUAUUCGAUGCUACAGGGCUACAUUGAUAAGAGGCGUAACGCAGACGUGCCCAGCGCAGACACAAUCGACCUACUUCUGCAAGAUGGAGCAGAGGACGCCGAGAUCAUUCAGUUCAUACUGUCCGUCAUCUUCGCCGGCGUCACCAAUACCGGCAUGAUCGUGUGCUGGAUUCUGCUCUAUUUCGACCAAAACCCCGAGUGGAAGGCAAAGGUGUCUGCAGAGGUGCACAACCUCCUGUGCACUCGCACGGAUAGCACUGGAGUUGCGCUCCUACACGAACGGUUGGCUGCACUCCCGAUGGCCGCGAUAGAGGAGGAAACACCCGCCCUUGAGCUGGUCAUUCGUGAGACCAUCCGCCUCAUACUUGCUAACGGCACCGUGCUGCGGCGAAACGUCGCUAAGGAAUUGCGCAUCGGAGACCAGAUCGUCCCACGCGAUGCGUUCAUGGCGUACAAUCUCGCAGACGUGCACCUCGAUCCAGAGCUGUAUCCGGAUCCGACGAACUUCGACCCAGCACGGUUCGAGGCAGGACGCGAGGAGGACAAAAAGACCACCUUUGGGUAUCUCGGUUGGGGCGCCGGCAGACACCCGUGCGUGGGCAUGAAGAUCGCGAAGUUGGAGAUCAAAAUGGUCGUCGCGUUGUUCCUCGUGGGGUACGAUUACAAGCUCGUCGAUGCCAACGGCCACUUCCCAGACCCGUUCCCCGUGCGCGACCCGAACGACUUGCUGAAGGCACGGCCUAUGGGGAAACCAUGCUUCAUAGACUUCGAGCGCAUCGUCGACUAA